AUGGACAUCACCGGGACCAGAUGGUUUUCCCCUGGGUUCUACCAAACUCAAUGGCAAUUAGUGAAGGACGAUGGCAUUAAUCCUAAUCCAGAGAGAACUAUCUUAAAGGCUCGGAGCUUUAUUAGUGAGCAUACAACACAAAUUAACUUGCAUCAUAAUACCACGACUAGAGUUUCCCGUAGAAAUAUACAUUGGUUAUCACCUCCUGAUGAUGUUGUUAAGAUUAAUAUUGAUGGUUCUUACUCGUAUUCUAAUAACACAGGUGGAAUUGGACUAAUGGUUCGAAAUUUUGCAGGCGAGCAUCAGGCAGCUGAAUGCAUCUACUUAACGGACGUUGGGAGUGCUGCGCAAGCCGAGUGCAUGGGACUAUGGGAAGCUGUCAAGCUAGCGCAAAGUCUGAACAUGAAGAAAGUGCAUUUUGAACUUGACGCAAAGACGGUGGUGGAAGCAGUCAAUAACAAUGUAUCCAUCGACUGGCAAUUGCUUAAUUUUGUGAAAGAUAUUCAAUCUUUUUUUAGUAGUUUUAGUUUUUGGAAAUGUUCAUACAUUCCCAAGGAAAGUAAUAAAGUGGCAGACAUCCUCUCUAAACUAGCUAGAGAGAAUGAUCUAUCUAUAGCCUGGUCUAGUUACUCUCCGUUAGAAAUUAGAGCACAGCUUGCUCUGGAAAAAUCUCUUGUAUUGAACUAA